AAAAGUCUGCUAGGUAGGUUAUUUAUCUCCCUGCCUAAAAGGUGUUAUUAUUUGGCGAGAAGGCACAACUGGAAGAUGAAGUCAGUAUAAAUAAGCAAAUAGCCCAGUGCUUUGAGCGGAGUACAUGAGAGUGCUGGGAAACGCGGCUCCAAUCACUACCGCUGUUCCUGGCUCAAUUUCCCUGGCUGACGUCAGCUGACUGCCUUGGCUCUCUCCACUCUCCGCUCCUCCGGACACAGCGCCGAGUAAAAAUGCUGCUCUCUGUGUCGCCAAGGACAGGAAUCAACCCUUACAACAGCUACAACGGCAAAAACACCAAGAAGGUAAAUAACGACACCACCGGCCACUUCUAUCGCGUCUUUCUCAAACAGACAUAUGUGUCCCCGUCCAAUCAUCAGAUGGCUCCCCCAAGCCCCAACAGCAACACCACCACAAUUAGCAAUGGCAGCAGUAACAGCAGCAGCGGGGGAGAGCAGCUGAGCAAAACCAACCUUUAUAUCCGUGGCCUCCACCCAGGAACCACAGACCAGGAUCUGGUCAAACUCUGUCAGCCGUAUGGGAAAAUUGUGUCCACGAAGGCCAUCUUGGACAAGACUACCAACAAAUGCAAAGGCUAUGGCUUUGUCGACUUUGAUAGCCCAGCCUCUGCUCAGAAGGCAGUGACGGCACUGAAGGCUGGCGGAGUGCAGGCUCAGAUGGCCAAGCAACAGGAACAAGACCCCACCAACCUGUACAUCUCUAACUUGCCGCCGUCAAUGGACGAGCAGGAGCUGGAGAACAUGCUGAAGCCCUUCAGUCAGGCCAUUUCCACACGCAUCCUCCGUGACGCCAAUGGAACCAGUCGAGGAGUGGGCUUUGCCAGGAUGGAGUCGACAGAAAAAUGUGAGGCCAUCAUCCAGCAUUUCAAUGGGAAAUAUAUCAAGACUCCACCUGGAGUUCAAGCACCGUCAGAACCCUUGCUGUGUAAAUUUGCUGAUGGAGGCCAGAAGAAGCGCCAGAGCCAGGGGAAAUAUCUGCAGAACGGUCGGCCCUGGACAAGAGAUGGAGAGACUGGAGGAAUGACCCUCACCUAUGACCCAACCACAGCCUUACAGAAUGGGUUUUACUCCUCUCCCUAUAGCAUUACCCCCAAUCGGAUGAUUGGACCAACCUCCCUUUCCCCAUAUAUGCAUCCACCUGUGUCCACCUAUCAGGUACACAACCCGUCCUGGCUACAUCACCAGUCAUACAUAAUGCCACCCACAGGAGCUGUCCUGACACCUGGGAUGGACCACACCAUGUCCAUCCAGCCAGCAUCAAUGAUGGGGCCUCUAACACAGCAGCUCAGUCACCUCUCUAUGGGCAGCAGUGGUACAUAUAUGCCUGCAAACACAUCUAUGCAGGGGACCUACAUACCCCAGUACACCCAAGUGCCUGCCACCAACAUCUCAGUUGAGGAAAGUGCCGUCCAACAACCUGUUGCCAUAGAGACACCAACAGAGCAUGCAACCUACUCUUACCAGCAUAACAAGUAAAGAGAUCUUCAUCUGGGGCCCGACUGACUCUUGAGGGGUCCCAAGAGCUGAGAUUCCCUGUGUGAAGAACUAGACACUCCAGGAACACAAACUGUUCCACACAAAGGACAAAAACAAAGAUAUUUUCUAUGAACUCAGAUUUUAAAACAAACUCUUUUACUUCAGACAAGCAAAGCUGGAGGACAGCAGACGGUGGGGAAAUGGAAGAAUGGAACAAUGAGCAUCUAUUUUGAUAACGGUCAAGAAAAGUUCAAAAAGCUGUUAAAUGUGUCGUGUAUGACCAUUGAUCAUAUUCUUUUUUUCUCUCUUCAAAACACUACUCCGGGGGGCAAGGAUGAAACCAGGAAAAGAACAUUUCAACACCAUGUUUUAGGUCAUGUUCUGCUUUUGUAAGAUAUGCAGUUUUUGUUUUUUUACAUUUUUCUCCUUUUUGACUGAUGCUUUCAGACUUGAACCUGCCUUUUUGUAAAUAGUUCUUUGGUUAUUUUUUUGUGUGUUUCUAGCCUCGUCCAAUUGAUUGAUUGGUGCAAAUAUUCGGAAGCAGAAAAACUGAAGUCCUUUUUAGAAAAAGCUGAUGUUGUAAGACUGAUAUGGUGCUGACAUCGAUUAGCUUCUUUCUCUCACAAAGGCAGCAAGUUUGUCAGGUAUGAAACCUUACCUGAAGCAGUCUCACUUAAGUUUUUUGGCACUUAAAUUUAUUUAAAAGAAAAAAAAAGUUUAGUUCCAACAAUCUCAACAAAGCUGCAGACAAUCAGAAGAUUACACAGAAGAGAACAUUUUAAGCUGAUGUUCGUUGCCGAAAUAUUUCAGAGCGGACUACUUUAAAAGAGAUGAAUAGAUUUAAAGCAUUCCAGUUGUUGUUGUUACCCGAGAGUUUUAAAUAUUGAUUCACUUUGAGCUGCUUCACGUGAUGAAAUCCAAAGUUGUUUAACAGGGAUCACAUCUCACUCAGAGCUGCCUGUAAAUAGAUUGAAAUGUAUUCACACUUUCGCUCGACUUCCUUGAUACAUGUGAUGUAAUGUGUCAGUGCCCCUCCCUUUUUUUUUUUUUUUUUUUUUUU